AUGGAGGCUCGCCAGGUGCCCCGGAGCUCCCGGGCGCGGGUCCUGCUGCUGCUGCUGCUGCUGCUCGUGCCCUGGGGCGCCCGCACUGCCUCGGGCGCCGCCCUGCUCCCCGCGGGGGUCCUCAGCCCCCGCGCCCCCGGCGCAGCCUGGGCGGCCCCGGCCGGCCCCCCGCGGCGCAGCCUGGCCCUGGCGGACGACGCGGCCUUCCGGGAGCGCGCGCGGCUGCUGGCCGCCCUGGAGCGCCGCCGCUGGCUGGACUCCUACAUGCACAGGCUGCUGGUGCUGGACGCGCGCUGA